GGACCCACACGCUCUGCUCGUUCGAUAACUCGUAUGAGAUCGGUGUACGUCGUUCGUCGCUUGCUUAUUAAAUUGUUGACUGGCUAGCCAGUUGUGGCAGCUAUUGAACACCAGCAGCAGCAUACAGAACCAGCAUAGAAUAGAAAUAGAAGAGUUGAACAGAAGAAAACAAUUAAUGAAACUACUGAAUAAACUAGCAACGAAGACAAAAGGUCUAGUAGGAGCCAAGUUUGCUAUGUGAUUUCUGUGUUGGCGGUAGUGUUGAGAUACAAUUGGCAGCCGUGGCAAUAUUAGAGCAACUCUAAAAGUGGCAAUAGACCACUUAAAUGGGGUAUAUAAAAAAACUAGUGACUGGUGUUUUAAACUGCUCGUGUUUGCAAUAUUGCUGUUAUAACCAUUUUCUACAACAUUUCAAGGGUAGCUGCGACGUUUUGUCUACCAAAGUAACAAUGAUUUGUGUGAUUUUCCAUAAAAGUGAAUUGCACACUUGUACAAUUUAUAAACUACACAAGUUACUAAUUACAGGUAUUUAAUUUCCAUUGUUGAACACAAUUUGCGCACACUGCCGCCUGACAAUCAGCCGUUGCCGUUGUGCCUGUGGCACACAGAGCCAGUUCUAGUGAGCCAGACCACCAGCACAACACCAACUCGGUGCCUUUGCCAUUUAGUUUGUCUUGCUUGCGGCGUACGUACGCGAAAUAGUUUAUGCAGUGCUCCUCGUGUAUAUUUAACGUGUGUGUUGUUUUAACCGGGAAAAUAUGUGUCAAUUCGCAAACAAUAAAAGCUGCAGUGAACAGCAGUGCCGGCAAAGUGUUUAACGCCCACCGACGCAGCAUUAUUAAGUGGAAUUUUAAGCUUAACAAUUAACUAACUACACACAUUACGUUUAACCGUGUUACGUAUGUAUGUGUAUAUAUAAAAUUUUUGUGUGAUCUGUGCCAGCAAUAGUAAGCAAUUGAAAGCUACAUACAUAAUAAUAGCAAGCAGCAAACAACAAACAGUUCGCAUAUACAGUCAUCUAAAUAACAAUAGCAAUUAUAAUUAUAAUUAUUACUACAAUGCAAAAGUUGCAACCGAAACCUACAACUAAGAGCGUGUUCGCCAUUAAAACGCUAAUUAGCUGCAGCACGUUAUGCCAGCUGCUGCUGCUGUUACUGCCGCAUGCCGUACACGCUUGGAUGCCCGAUGUGCGCCCAGAUUUGCAACCGAAGCAAGAUAAAAUCAUUGCCAAGUUCCUGGGCAAUAGCACGGAUUAUUUUAAAAUUUUGGCCUACGACGAUGCCACCAUAUUGGUGGGCGCUAAAGACAUCAUGUACAACAUCAGCAUGGAUGGCCUGCGUGAACUCAGCCGCCUGGAAUGGUUCUCAUCCGAUGCCGAUCGCGAAUUGUGCGCACUGAAGGGUAAACGUGAGACAGAUUGUCACAAUUACAUACGCGUUUUUGCACGGCUCGAUGGCGGCCAGAUCUUGCUGUGUGGUACCAAUUCGUAUAAGCCGCGCUGUCGCCAUUAUGCGCCCGCCACAAGUGAGCUGAGCGCUGCCGGCGGUUCCGGCCAACGGUAUGAUAUUGUACGCGAUGUGGAGGCUCAAGGUCUUUGCCCAUAUAGUCCGGCACAUAACAGCACCUAUGCCUAUGCGGAGGGACAACUUUACAGCGCCACCGUUGCGGAUUUCUCGGGCAGUGAUCCGCUGAUAUAUCGCGAGAAUUUACGUACCGAACAGUAUGACUUGAAACAGUUAAAUCAGCCAGAUUUUGUGGGCGCUGUGGAGCGUGAUCGUUAUGUAAUGUUCUUCUUUCGCGAAAUCUCAAUGGAGUAUAUGAAUUUCGGCAAGACAAUUUACUCACGCGUUGCUCGCGUUUGCAAGAACGAUCGUGGCGGUCCGUAUUCACUCUCCAAAAGUUGGACCUCGUUUUUGAAAGCGCGUCUAAAUUGCUCAGUACCCGGUGAAUUUCCAUUCUACUUCGAUGAAAUACAGGCCAUCACACCCAUUGUCGAGAGCGGCGCGAAUUCACUCAUCUACGCCGUCUUCACCACCUCCGUGAAUGCCAUACCCGGUUCAGCAGUGUGCGCAUUCAAUGUGAACGACAUCAUGGACGCCUUUGAGGGCAGUUUCAAAUCACAGAAAGACAGUCAAUCACAAUGGCUGCCCAUACAGGAUGAACAAGUGCCCGAACCGCGUCCGGGCAAGUGUGUCGAAGAUUCGCGUAUGUUAUCCAGCAUUGCGGUGAAUUUCGCCAAAACACAUCCGCUAAUGGAGACUGCUGUGCCAGCGGUUUAUGGACGUCCACUACUCACCAAAGUCAAUUUACAUCAUCGACUCACCACGAUCGCAAUUGAUGCACAAAUUAUGGCUUUGAAUGGCGAGUACUACGAUGUUAUCUACUCCGGCACAGAUGAUGGCCGCGUAACGAAAUUCAUUAAUAUACCAACACCCAGCCAGCCGAACGCUGCCGGCGGUGUGGAGAAAUUAAAAACUGUUUUGAUUUCCGAAAUGCAAGUGCUACCAUUGGGUGUGGCCGUGCGUGAGCUCGUCGUUUCCGCGAAAACCAAUCGUCUCUUAGUGGUUAGCGACGGCAGUUUGAUUACAGUACCGUUACAUCACUGCGCGCACAUCGUCGACUGUUUGGGCUGUCUCAGUCUACAAGAUCCGAAUUGCGCUUGGGAUCAGCAGAAUCAUGAGUGCAAAAGUAUUACAGCCAGCAAUAUUAAAUUCGGCACAAAAGCAUUCCUGCAGAGCUUGAACACCACCAAGAAAGCAGCUGCGUCGCUUUGUCCGAAAUACACACGUGGCACACUCAUGGCUGAUGGCCCAAUUGUUGGUGGCGGUAUUGUGGCAAGUCCGGGCAUUGAUUUGGUCACAGCACAACAACAACCACAAGCCGUCGAUGAAGAUUUGAGCAGCAAGAAAUUCCAUUACACAAAAGUGAGCGCGGUGAAUAGCGGCACAGUUGGUGUGAGCACGACUGCCGCGGAGAGUGGCGUUUCCGCUGUUGAUGAAGUGCACACUGAUAAAGCGACUGAUAUGGAUGCUAGCACAGGCGCUGGCAAUGAUUACUUGCUGAACAGUUUUAGUGAUGAACAUAAAAUUACACUGCAAUCGGUGGAUCCCGAUGACCUCAUGAAUACGCUGAGUGAUCCAUUACACUCACAAGCUGGUAUAAAAGAUAAGCAGCUGAAGGUCGCUGGCAAGAACUUAUGUUGGGCGCUCUCGCUCAUCGCUUUCGUUGUGGGCAUUGUUGUUGGUUAUUACACCUCAAAACGCAUGUGCAAAGCCACAUCGCUACAUGCAAAUCAUCGCAAUCAAUUCACCUCGAAUUCCCAAUUCGCCGUCAAGCAUCACAAUACCGGCAAAGAUGUUAAUCUAUUAAUGAAUCCGCACCAUUUUUCCAGUCUUAAAAAACCGAAUCUCGAUUUAGAAAAGGAUCGCAGCCAUGAAUGUAAGAAUUCUACAGAGAAUCUUGAAAAGGAAAUACCCUGCAAGACGUCCACGUUAACGAAGGUUAAACGCACAUAUAUAUAAUCUAUAGCUUAUUUGCAAUGCAUUGCCAAGCAUUGUGUUGCAUUUAGAAAACUAGUGGAAUUUUUUUUAGGUAUAAGAAAUUUUUUUUUGCAGAAAUUUGCUUGUAUAGUAAUAGUAGUGAGAGCGUUUGUAAUGUGCGCAGUGGCGUAUGACUGUUGCUAAUUAGUCUAAGCAAAAUUAAAAAAUUAACGACAGAGGUUUUUGCAUAACAGGUGUUGUAUAAUGUGAACUAGAACCGUCUAACUGUGCAUGCACUUAAUUAAGUUGCAUUUAUGUGUUGUGUGUGUGUGCAAAUGCAAGUGCGUGAACGAGCUCAGUACAGCAGUAAUGUAAUUGAGUGAUUUUUUCAUAUUAUUAAUAUUUGCAAGUGUAUGGCGCCCUUUUGUACGGCGGCGCCCACUAGCCGCGUCUUGGUUUGCACACAUGCGCACGUGCAGCGUGCAUAGCUAAUGUAAUUGCGAGUCUUAUUUUUUUUGUUUUAUACUUCUCAAUAUUAAGUAAAUGUAGUUUUUAAUACUAAGUUUAGUUAAUUAAUGUGAGUUUAGUGAGUGGAAAAUGAAGGUUAGUUUUAUUAUUUUUUUCCUUUACAAGAACACAUAUAACAAUUAAGUACAAAUGUAAUUACAAAAAGUCCCUGGCGUGCGUGAGUGUAGACAUGUGUUUAAUGCGCGGUGAAGUGUUAAAGCGUUUUAAUGACAAGUAUGAUUAACGGUAAUUUUAUAUUUUUUAUAGAAAGCAAAGUCAUGUGCUCAUAACACACGUUUAAACAAAUAUACUUUUGUAACCGAAACACACACACAUACAAACUCAAAACUCACCACGCCUGCGUACAAACAUAUCGAAUAUCUUUACAAUUUACACCGCGCUAAUGAGAUUUUGCGUACUUUAACGUUACGUUAAAUGCAAGCUACAAAAAUGCUACAUUAGUGUCAGUAUUUGCAGUUUUUCUUGCGAAAUUUCAACUCACUUUUGGCUAUGAAGUUGUUGUUUUAGCCACAACAUCACUGCACACCCACUAACACUAUGUAUAGCGCGACUUAAUACAACAAAAAAAACAUACUUUAUAUACGCACAAUACGUGAACAAUACGCUGUUAAGCAUAAUAAUAAUAAAUAAUAGUAAUAACUUAAUAAUAUUGCAAAAGCAAACACAAGUAUUAAUGUAAUUAGACUGAACGGUUGUACGCAACAACAACAAAAGCAAUACAUUGUCAAAAAAUAUAUAUAACUACUAUAUAUUUAGCUGCUAGACUUUGCGUCUGUGCAUUAAAAAGCUACAACAGACGCGAAAAUAACAGUUGACAAUUGUGUGUUUAUGUUUGUGCCGCGUGCAUCAUCAUCAUCACCGCUAUCACCAUUGUACCCACUAUCAUUUUCAAUCAACUUCAACGCGCGCACGCACACUCACACUUUUGAUACCGCUUUUGACAUUCAUCGUCUUUUGUCCGCAUUCAUUUCCACGAGUACCCUUCCAUUGUACUCUUACCACUUUCGCGCAAAAGCAACAAUUUCUUUUCGUAUUAUUUUUGUCUUGUUUUAUAUACAUUCCCAGUGGUUAGUUAGUCCGUCGUGCGUGUGCGUCCACAUUUGUUGCAUAAACAACACUUGAGGCAAUUGUAUAAUUGUAUUCUAUUAAAUGGCUAAUAACACAUUGAAAGUCAAUGCGCUGCAGGAAAAUACGUUUAAUUGUGCUUUAUAAACAACUUCAAUUCGGAGAAUAGUAAGUGAAAGUAGUCUAUUCUCUAGGUUUUGCAUUGCAAUAAAUUAUUGGUCUCAUUGAAAUUGGCUUGAAAGCGUAAAUAACGAUCAACGAUUUGUAAUAAUAUUUAUUUUGUUAUACACAUUAUAUUCCGCGCACUUUCGAUUUUUUUUUAUAAUUAUAAUUUUUUAAGCGCAGCUAAUUUUUUGUAUUAAAAACAAUUGUUUACUUGCCAUAAGCCAUAGGCUUACCCAAAUUAAUUAUUUUUAAAAUUUUCUGAUUUUAUUUGAAAUUAUUAUUUUUUCGAAUAUUUUGUCAAAUACUUAAUAAAGCAGCGAAUUUUAAAAAUAAAAUUGGUCAAAAAUGUCAAAUUUUUAAAUUUAAAAUAUUAUUAAAUUUAAAAAUAUUGCUUUCGAUUAGUAUAUAAAACAAAGACUUGCGUUUAUAAAAUAGAAGCGCCUAAGUUUUAUUUAAAGCCUUAAAAUUUUCCCAAAAAAUGUACAUAUAAAGAAAAUUUGGUUCGUCUAUCAUGGGUUAAGAAAUUUCGAACUAAUUCAAGAAUAUCGUUUAUUUUCCUGCAGUGCAUCAAAAACUCUCGAAUUAAAGUAUCACAUAUUCCACAUUUAUAACAAAAAAGUCGUCGCUCAUUCAUUAAUACUACAUCGUUUGCUUUUUUGUUUAAAUAACUCGAAUAAUUUUCAUUAUGAUUCAUACAUUAAUAGCUAGCUAGUAAUAUACUAAUCUAAUUACAAACAAAUAACAAACAAAACCGUAAAAGAAGCUCAAUUAGUUAGGAAUUGAAUUUAAACAGGAAAAACAGGGUGUGUAAAUGGGUAACAAAACGUUUAGAAACAAAAUUUUUGUAUAGUAUAUUUUAAGACACAAAUAUCAUUGGAAACUUGUUGCCUUCGAAAUUUUAAUGUCAAUUGAGUAUUGAAACGAUAUUUGCAUGCUAAAAUUUGAAAAAAAAAAAUCCCACAAAAAUCAAACAUUAAAUAAAAAUAUAAUAUAAAAUAUUUUCAACACCCUGUAUAAAUAAACUGCAAACAAAUUGAAGGGAUUUUAAAAUUGAAAGCCUUAAAAAUUAUGAUAAUUAUUAAAUACAAAUACAUACACAUAUAUUUUCUUGCACAGGCGUACUAGUUAAUAAGUUAGUCCGUCCGUAUAAGGAAUAUUUUUAGUAAUAAAUAUGUAACUAUAAUGAUUAUUUACAAUAUAUAUUUUAUACAACUAUACAUAAAUAUUAUCAUAAGUUAGUUUGUAAGUAAAUAUAGCAAUGUGUGAGCUUAA